AUGCCUGCUUUAUGCGUGGUCUUUGGAUUCACCAUGGCCGCCAACGAUUCCCUCUGCACUAUAAUUGUGAUUGAAUUCCUGGGUUUGAGUCGGCUUGUAAGUGGCCUUGGCCUCUGUCUCUUCUGCCAAGGUUUCGCAUCUAUUUUCGGGCCUCCUGUCAUUGGCUUUAUAAUAGACGCGACGGAGUCCUACACUGUAGCGUUUACAGUCGGUGGUGCCGGUAUCCUUCUCUCUGGCUUGGUUAUGUGCCCUGCAAUAAUUCGGCAAAUCCAGCACCGGCAAGCCAGAAAGCGGCGACUAGAAGCACGAAAACGAGCAGCUAUCGCGAACUGUGCGGCGGCAACUGGCGAUGGCAUUCUAAUUUGCUCGAGUCCUCGAGACAUGACCCCACCAACUAGCCUUCAGAUUACUUAA